AUGGCUUCCAAUACCAUUGGUUUUCUCCUCCUCUUCUCCUUCCUCUUCUUCACUCCGUCCCUCUCCGGCACCUCGCCAUCGGCCCCUGUCACCCCGACUACCGCAUGCAACUCCACGCCUGACCCCAACUUCUGCAAGUCCGUCCUCCCGUCGCGAGGCACCCAAAACCUUUACACUUUUGGCCGCUUCUCCCUCGCCAAGUCUCUCUGGAAUGCCCAGAAGUUCUUGAAUUUGAUCAACCGCUAUCUCGCUCGCCACUCCAGUCUAUCCCUGACCGCUGUCCGAGCUCUCGAAGACUGUCAACUUUUAUCUGAACUCAACAUCGACUUCUUGACCUCAGCCGGGGUUACACUGAACUCCACCAAUAAACUGCACGACCCCCAGGCUGACAAGUUUCAAACCCUCCUCUCGGCCCUUCUCACCAACCAGCAGACCUGCCUCGAUGGCAUCCAGGACGCCGCCUCGGCGUGGUCGAUCAAAAAUGGCCUCUCCGUCCCCCUCUCCAGUGGCACCAAGCUCUACAGUGUCUCUUUAGCUCUCUUCACCAAGGCAUGGGUCCCAAAAACCAAGAAGACCAACUUGCACCAUACCUUCAUUCCUUCAAGGGUCUCCAAGUCCCGGCUCCUCAUGGGUAGGAGCUUAUUGUUCCAUGAAGCCGAGAUCGGCCAAGACGGGAGCUUGCCCUUGAAGAUGUCGAGGCCGAACCGAGAGCUCUUCGAGAGGAGGAUCGGCCGGAGGCUUCUCCAGGAGACGGACACCCCGGUCCCGGUUAACGACAUCGUGGUGGUGAGCCAGGAUGGGAGUGGGAACUUUACCACCAUCAUGGACGCCGUGGAUUCGGCUCCUGAUAAGUUGGAUGGGAGCAGUGGAUACUACUUGAUAUUCGUGGAUGCUGGAGUCUAUGAAGAGUACGUGGUGAUUUCGAAGAAGAAGAAGUAUUUGAUGAUGAUCGGAGAUGGGAUUAACCGGACGGUGCUCACCGGCAACCAUAGCGUUGUUGAUGGGUGGACGACCUUCAACUCGUCAACCUUUGCUGCUGUUGGCCAAGGAUUUGUGGCAAUAAACAUGACCUUCCGAAACACCGCCGGCCCUCGCAAACACCAAGCGGUCGCCGUCCGGAACGACGCCGACCUCUCCGCCUUCUACAGCUGCAGCUUCGAAGGCUACCAAGACACCCUCUACACGCAUUCCAUGAGGCAAUUCUACAGAGAAUGCGACAUCUAUGGCACAGUAGACUACAUAUUUGGCAAUGCAGCAGUGGUAUUCCAGAAUUGCAACAUAUACUCGAGGCUACCCAUGCAAGGCCAGAGCAACACCAUUACUGCCCAAGGCCGGACCGACCAGAACCAGAACACCGGGACCGUCAUCCAGGGCUGCAACAUUGUCGCGGCACCUGAUCUGGCCUCCAACAGCCGGUCCACAAUCACGUACCUUGGCAGGCCAUGGAAGAAUUAUUCCAGGACGGUGAUCAUGGAGUCCUUCGUGGAUAGCUUAAUCGAUCCCCGGGGGUGGAUGCCAUGGAAUGGGGACUUUGCUUUGAGUACUCUCUACUACGCCGAGUUUAACAAUACUGGGCCUGGCUCGGACACCAGGAAUCGUGUUGCAUGGCCGGGAUUCCAUGUUAUUAAUGGAACCGAUGCGGGCAAUUUCACGGUGAACAACUUUAUUCUUCGGGAUAACUGGUUGCCUCAGACUGGAGUGCCUUAUUCCAGUGGAUUUCUUUGAUGGGCACGUACGGCAAGGUGGUUAAUUUCUCUGUUUUUAUUCAUAAUAUUGCAGUUGCAACUAGAGCUUAAAUUUUCAUCAGUAAUAAACUGUAUCAAUAGUCGAGCGUUACCAAAAGUUUGCUCGAUUUCGUCAAUUCAUUUGUAUCACACCGGUCGAAUAGAAAAGAACUUGUAUUUUUGUUA